AGGCUUUGCUUUGUAGUUCGCGCGAGGCUUUUCAGUUUCCCAAGAACUGCCCCGAGGGUGUAGCUGGCGACACGAUUGGAUUGGCAUUUUGAAACGGUCCCUCUGGAGAAGGCAUGGAAGGGGAAGUGCCCUCCGACCAGAGAAGAUGGCAGAUUGGUGGUGAUGCGGGGAUUGGUGGAGAGAAGUGGAUUGAUGGAGUUUUGUGGGCUCUGAAGAACUCAGGGUUGGUUGGAAGUGAGAUUGAUUGGUCGUCUCGUUCUCAGCAGAUUCCAGAAAACCUUCCCCAGCAUCUCCGUGCCAGGCCCUGAGAGGCACAGGCUGAUGACGGUAGAAUGAACAGAAUCAUGAUCAAAGAGGAGCAAUAACAGGGUACCACAAGGAGCAGUAGCUAUGAAGUGGGUGUUACUGCUCAUUAAAUCAAACACGAAAUUCCUCUUUGAGCCUCAGUUUCUUCCUCUGUGAAGUGGCACCCAGAAUUCUUGCCUGCAGGAUUGUGCUGUUCUCAAAGACAAGGAAGAAGGAUUCUUGUUUUCGGUACCCAUCACUGCCCGCAUGGCUACCAUGCAGAUGGAUCCUGAGCUUGCCAAGCGCCUCUUCUUUGAGGGGGCCACUGUGGUCAUCCUGAACAUGCCCAAGGGGACUGAGUUUGGCAUUGACUACAACUCCUGGGAGGUGGGGCCUAAGUUCCGGGGUGUGAAGAUGAUCCCGCCCGGCAUCCACUUCCUCCACUAUAGCUCUGUGGACAAAGCCAAUCCAAAGGACGUUGGCCCUCGAAUGGGCUUCUUCCUCAGCUUGCAGCAACGGGGGCUGACAGUGCUGCGUUGGAACGCAGUCCAGGAAGAGGUGGACCUAUCUCCAGCCCCAGAGGCCGAGGUGGAGGCCAUGAGGGCCAACCUCCAGGAGCUGGACCAGUUCCUGGGCCCUUACCCAUACGCCACGCUCAAGAAGUGGAUUUCUCUCACCAGCUUCCUCAGCGAGGCUAUGAUGGAGAAACUGCAGCCCGAGAACCGGCACAUCUGUGCUUUCUCAGAUGUACUGCCUGUGCUUACCAUGAAGCAUACCAAGGACCGGAUGGGGCAGAAUCUACCCCAGUAUGGCACGGAGUGCAAAAGCUACCAGGAGGGCCUGGCUCGGCUGCCCGAGAUGAAGCCCAGAGCUGGUACAGAGAUCCGCUUCUCAGAGCUGCCCACGCAGAUGUUCCCUGAUGGCGCCACUCCAGCAGAGAUAACCAGGCACAGCAUGGACCUGAGCUAUGCUUUGGAGACAGUGCUCAGCAAACACUUCCCCGGCAGCCCCCAGGAUGUGCUCGGUGAACUCCAGUUUGCGUUUGUAUGCUUCUUGCUGGGGAACGUGUACGAGGCAUUUGAGCACUGGAAGCAGCUCCUGAACCUCCUGUGCCGGUCCGAAGAGGCCAUGGUGAAGCACAACACCCUCUACAUCAACCUCAUCUCCAUCCUGUAUCACCAGCUCGGCGAGAUCCCUCCUGACUUCUUUGUGGACAUUGUCUCCCAGAGCAACUUCCUCACAAGCACUUUGCAGGUGUUCUUUUCCUCAGCCUGCAGCCUUACCGUGGAUGCCGCCCUCAGGCAGAAGGCCAGAAAGUUCCAAGCUCACCUGACCAAGAAGUUCCGGUGGGACUUUGAUGCGGAGCCUGAGGACUGUGCCCCAGUGGUAGUGGAGCUCCCUGAGGGCAUCGGGACUGGCUAACUGGAAACACUUCCAGCCACAGCCACAGUCCAGGCCUCACCACUCAUCCCGUCCUAGCCUAGGACUUGCAGUACAACGAUCCCACCAGGUUCUGAUAAAGAAGCUCCUGAUACAGAGGUUUUCAGUGCAAAAGCGGCAGUGCUCAUCCUGAAGGCACCUUCGUGGGUUCCCCUCAGCCUGGCAUUGGUGCUAACCUGGCUGAAUUUCAAUAGCAACCAGGUCUUUCUGAAUGAAACAAAAAUUAACCCAGCGUCCAGAGAACGCCAUAGGAUAUCUAGAAAGCAAGACACUUUUUACUACCCAGGGAGUCUAAGUUACCAGUUGGUGACUUUUGAAAAGGUAAACAGCAUAAUGGGGAGAAGAGCCAGAAUUUCUGCCUUCCCUGUUGAGUGAGGACACAGUGCGGAAAACUUGGACGUCACCCCACAGGAGCGCCAGACUGGGGAGCAGACAGCCCAGCUUUCUCCAACUAAGUCCGUCUCUGCUCCUGAAGCUCUUGGGUCCCCUCUCCAAGAUAGUGGUAUCUGGCCUGGGGCCUUGCCGGUGCACAUACCUCCCAUCUGUGUCAUUCAGAGACCUCAAGUGCAACCUCCUGUGUAUCCACGUUCUUCAGCAGCUCUACCAAGCUUGCGGCAUCGAGGUUUACCCAUCAGAACCGGGGCGGGCCUGAGGCCCUGAUGAUGUUUUGUGCCUUUUCUUUAGCACAUGGGGGGGGAUGAUCUGAUCAGCCUCCACCCUCCCAGCCCUGCCGAAGAGCUGUCAGCCGUGGCCACUAUCAACGUCCCCCACUUCCUAGCAGCCCUGCUCGCGUGCCCAUGCUGUGGGCAGAGCCACAGCUCUUGCUAAGCACCCUGACCCCACAUGCUUACCAUGGAUCCGAGGUCUGGAGCUGUUUGCCCCCAUGCUGGGGCUCAUGUCAAGGCUUUGAAUGAGAAUCCCUACUGGUUAUGGCUUUUGGUUCCACUUGUUUCCCUGGAAAUGUCCCCCCUUCCCCCUCCCACCCAAGAGCUUCAUGUACAGUAAAGUAUUUGAGUUUA